UGCACGUCUUCACUCUCCACUACAGAAGCCGACACAACACAACCAAAAAGCAGAGAGGGAGAGAAGAAGCAGAAGAAGAAGAAGAUAGCGAGAAAAAAAUGAGCAACCAUUGCUUACACCUCUCUCCCAAUCCCUCCUCCAUCUUCACCUCCUCCUAUAAGCUCUCCAACCCCAGAUUCCUCUCCCGCUCCGCCAUCAACUACAGAACAACAAAACCGAGGCUCACCUCCCCUUUCCCACCAUGCCUCAAUCGAAAACCCUCCGUCGUGACUCGGGUCCUCAACUCAGUCUCAGAUCCCUCCGUAAAGCCCGAACCUUUCUCGCCGGAGAUUGUCGGGAAGCGAACCGAUCUGAAGAAAAUCAUGAUCCUCGGCGCGGGUCCCAUCGUAAUCGGACAAGCCUGCGAGUUCGACUACUCCGGAACCCAAGCUUGCAAAGCCCUGAGAGAAGAAGGCUACGAAGUCAUCCUCAUCAACUCCAACCCCGCCACCAUCAUGACCGACCCGGAGACGGCUAACCGAACCUACAUCGCCCCCAUGACUCCCGACCUCGUCGAACAAGUCAUCGCUAAAGAAAGACCCGACGCUCUCUUACCAACCAUGGGAGGACAAACCGCGCUAAACCUCGCGGUUGCUUUAGCCGAGAGCGGGGCGUUGGAGAGGUACAACGUCGAGCUGAUCGGAGCCAAGCUCGAAGCUAUCAAGAAGGCGGAGGAUCGUGAGCUUUUCAAGGACGCGAUGAAGAGCAUUGGGCUAAAGACUCCGCCUUCAGGGAUUGGGAACACUCUCGACGAGUGUUUCGAUAUUGCUGAGAGGAUCGGUGAGUUCCCUUUGAUUAUCAGGCCGGCGUUUACGUUAGGUGGGACCGGUGGUGGGAUUGCGUAUAACAGGGAGGAGUUUGAGGCUAUUUGUAAAGCGGGUUUGGCUGCUAGUGUGACGAGUCAGGUUCUUGUGGAGAAGUCUUUGCUUGGUUGGAAAGAGUAUGAGCUUGAGGUGAUGAGGGACUUGGCUGACAAUGUUGUUAUUAUCUGUUCCAUUGAGAAUAUUGAUCCUAUGGGUGUGCACACUGGUGACUCCAUCACCGUGGCGCCGGCGCAGACGCUGACGGAUAGGGAGUAUCAGAGGCUGAGGGAUUACUCCAUUGCGAUUAUUAGGGAGAUUGGUGUUGAGUGCGGUGGGUCUAAUGUGCAGUUUGCUGUGAAUCCGGCUGAUGGUGAGGUUAUGAUCAUUGAGAUGAACCCUAGGGUGUCGAGGUCUUCUGCUCUUGCUUCAAAGGCUACGGGGUUCCCCAUUGCUAAGAUGGCGGCCAAGUUGUCUGUUGGGUAUACUUUGGAUCAGAUUCCUAAUGACAUCACCAGGAAAACGCCUGCGAGUUUUGAGCCUUCCAUCGAUUAUGUUGUGACAAAGAUUCCUAGAUUUGCAUUUGAGAAGUUUCCAGGAUCUCAACCCUUGCUGACGACCCAGAUGAAGUCUGUUGGGGAAUCCAUGGCUCUAGGUCGCACGUUCCAAGAAUCUUUCCAGAAAGCUCUGAGGUCUCUUGAGACCGGAUUCUCAGGAUGGGGAUGUGCAAAGAUUAAAGAGCUAAAUUGGGACUGGGAUCAGCUAAAAUACAGCCUCAGAGUCCCGAAUCCGGACAGGAUCCAUGCCAUCUACGCUGCCAUGAAAAAGGGUAUGAAAGUUGAUGAAAUCCAUGAGCUGAGCAUGGUAGACAAGUGGUUCCUAACCCAGCUUAAAGAGCUCGUGGACGUGGAACAGUAUCUCAUGUCCGGACCACCCUUGUCAGAGAUCACAAAGGAAGACCUAUACGAAGUUAAAAAGCGAGGGUUUAGUGACAAGCAAAUAGCUUUCGCUACAAAGACAACAGAGGAAGAGGUCCGUACCAAGCGAAUCUCUCUAGGAGUUGUUCCAUCUUACAAGAGAGUGGAUACGUGUGCAGCAGAGUUCGAAGCGCAUACACCUUACAUGUACUCGUCGUAUGAUUUUGAGUGCGAGUCAGCACCAAACAACAAGAAGAAGGUUUUGAUUUUGGGAGGAGGACCAAACCGUAUUGGCCAAGGGAUUGAAUUUGAUUACUGUUGUUGCCACACAUCUUUUGCCUUACAGGAUGCUGGAUUUGAGACUAUCAUGUUGAACUCAAAUCCUGAGACGGUAUCCACUGACUACGAUACAAGCGACAGGCUCUACUUUGAACCUCUCACAAUCGAGGACGUUCUGAAUGUCAUUGAUCUUGAGAAACCUGAUGGCAUAAUCGUGCAGUUUGGUGGUCAGACUCCUCUGAAGCUUGCUCUCCCAAUCAAAAACUAUUUGGACAAGCACAAGCCCAUGAGCUUGAGUGGUGCGGGGCCUGUUCGCAUCUGGGGUACGUCACCUGACUCCAUUGACGCUGCUGAAGACAGAGAGAGGUUCAAUGCGAUUCUCAACGAGCUGAAAAUUGAGCAGCCCAAGGGAGGCAUUGCAAAGAGCGACGCUGAUGCAUUAGCCAUAGCGAAGGAGAUAGGCUACCCGGUGGUUGUGAGACCUUCUUAUGUUCUAGGUGGAAGAGCAAUGGAGAUUGUUUAUGAUGACAGUAAACUUGUUACCUAUUUGGAGACUGCUGUUCAAGUCGAUCCAGAGAGACCUGUUUUGGUAGAUAGGUAUCUCUCUGAUGCCAUUGAGAUUGAUGUGGAUACUCUCACUGAUUCAUAUGGAAAUGUGGUGAUUGGUGGAAUAAUGGAGCAUAUCGAGCAAGCAGGUGUGCACUCUGGUGACUCGGCUUGUAUGCUCCCAACGCAGACCAUCCCAUCUUCUUGUUUGGAAAAGAUCAGAUCAUGGACCACCAAAUUGGCGAAGAAGCUAAAUGUUUGUGGGCUGAUGAACUGUCAGUACGCAAUCACAUCAUCUGGUGAUGUUUACUUGCUGGAAGCAAAUCCACGAGCUUCACGAACUGUCCCUUUCGUCUCAAAGGCCAUUGGACACCCUCUUGCCAAGUAUGCAGCUCUGGUCAUGUCUGGAAAAUCUCUCAAAGAUCUGAAUUUCGAAGAAGAAGUUAUCCCUAAACACAUCUCUGUGAAAGAAGCUGUUUUCCCAUUUGAGAAGUUCCAAGGUUGUGACGUGAUACUCGGGCCAGAGAUGAGAAGCACAGGAGAAGUGAUGAGCAUCAGUUCCGAGUUCCCAAGCGCCUUUGCAAUGGCUCAGAUCGCUGCAGGUCAAAAGCUACCUUUAAAUGGUACUGUCUUCCUCAGCUUAAACGAUAUGACCAAACCGCACCUGGAGAAAAUUGCAGUGUCCUUCCUAGACCUUGGGUUCAAGAUCGUUGCCACAUCGGGAACAGCUCAUUUCCUGGAACUGAAAGGCAUUCCAGUGGAGAGAGUGUUGAAGUUGCAUGAAGGAAGACCACAUGCUGCUGAUAUGGUGGCUAAUGGUCAGAUUCAUCUGAUGUUGAUCACAAGCUCAGGUGAUGCUCUUGAUCAGAAGGAUGGGAGACAGCUCAGACAAAUGGCUCUAGCCUACAAGGUCCCGGUUAUCACCACUGUUGCUGGAGCAUUGGCCACGGCUGAGGGAAUCAAGAGCCUGAAGUCAAGUGCUAUUAAAAUGACUGCUCUUCAGGACUUCUUUGAGAUUAAGAAUGCAUCUUCUUUACUCGUCUGAGUGAAGUUUUUAUUUGUGUUUGUUUGUUUGUGUGGAAACCCUUUAUGACUUCAAUGUUAGACGGAUUUUGUUUUCUUAUAAGCAUUUCUAUGAAUAAUCUUCACAGGUUGAUUUCUAAA